GAUAUGUUGGCGCCUUUUUAAGUGUGUUCAAGGUCAAAUUGUCCGUCAGUAUAGUAGGAUGUCGGUGCGAAGGGGUAGGGCAGCCAAAGCAACUGGAUAUAGCCUAGCACAACCGAUAGAUCCGGGAACGUUAAUACGCGACUCGUUCAAAAGAACAUGGGUCACUGGUUCUGCAAUCGGUCAGGGUGGAUUCGGGUGUAUAUAUUCAGGUAGAAGUUGAUUUUUGGCUUCUUUAUAACUGACUCAGCCAAACUGGAGGGCGAGAGAAAUUACCGUUAUGUUAUUAAAAUAGAACCACAGUCAAAUGGGCCAUUGUUUACGGAAAUGCAUUUCUACAUGAGGACGUGUUCAGAAGACUCAAUUGAUUCGUGGAAGGUGAAACACUCCCUCAAAUACCUUGGUAUUCCGAGGUAUAUAAGCAGUGGUUCAAUCAGUUUAAACAAAACAGCUCUCCGAUUUCUCGUAAUGGAUCGAUUCUCUGGAGAUUUUGAAAGUACACUGAAAAAUCAUGAAAUAUCCACAGCUGGUAUCCUCGAAGUUUGUGCAAAUGUAUUAAAUGCGUUAGAGUAUAUCCAUUCAAGAGACUAUGCACAUGCAGAUAUCAAGGCCUCAAAUCUUCUUUAUAAAACUUCACAACAGGAGGUUUAUCUAGCUGAUUUUGGUCUAGUUCAUUUGUUUCGUUCAAAAGGUGUACAUACCGCUGAAAAGUCAGAUCCAAAAUUUCGUCACAAUGGCACGAUAGAAUUUUGUUCACGAGAUGCACAUAAUGGUUGGUGUAUUUUUAAAAAAAAAAGAUAUGGUGUUUAUGUAUUAUUUACCUGUUAUUUUAAGUACUUUUUCAAUGAUAUAUUAUAUUAA